UAAGGGAGGAAAGAGGGAAGGGAGAGAGAGAGAGAGAGAUGAAGGAAAUUACGUUCCGUAAUAAUAAAUUGAGAUUGCUGUCUUAAACUCUCGCUAACUCUAACGCUAACUUGGGCGGCUAGGGUUUUACCUUCUUUCUCUUUCUCUUUCCUUUGCUGCUGAAUAUGAUGGAAGAAGAGUUGUUGUUGAUAAGAUAGGAUUUGGAUUUGAAUUUGUUUGGGGUUUUAGGUAUUGGUGUGACCAAAAUGGCAAGCAUGAACCCUUUCGAUUUGUUGGGUGACGAUGCUGAGGACCCUUCUCAGCGAAUCGCUGCUGAGCAACUCAAGGUUGUUUCUGCUCCAAAGAAACCAACUCAGACUCAGACUCAGCCUACUCAACCUCAGCUUCCUACCAAGCCACCCCCUCCCUAUCAAGCUGUGAGGGAGGCAAGAAAUGAAACUUCUCGUGGAGGACGUGGAGGGGGGCGUGGAGGUGGACGUGGAUAUGGUCGUGCUCGUGGUGGUGGUGGUUUCAACCGUGACGCUUCCAAUGAUGAGAACUCAUUCACUGCCACUGCUGGUCAAGGCUUUAUCGAAGGAGAAACUGGGAAGCCCUCGGAAAGGUUCGGUUAUGGUGGGCGUCGUGGUCCUCAUCGUGGUGGUCGUGGUGGACGUGGGGAUUUCAGUAAUGGAGAAGGUGGUGAAGAUGGGCGCCCACGAAGAGUAUUUGAACGUGUCAGUGGGACUGGCCACGGAAAUGAAUUCAAACGUGAAGGUGCUGGGAGAGGGAACUGGGGAAUGCAAACUGAUGAUUCGCAAGCGACUGAGGAAGUGAAUGAAACUGCAAAGAAUUUGGGUGAUGAGAAGCCUUCAGGUGAGGAAGAUGUUGCAGCAGAUGGAAACAAGGAGAGUCCUGCUAAUGAUGCUGAAGAAAAAGAGCCUGAGGAUAAGGAGAUGACUCUGGAGGAAUAUGAAAAAGUACUUGAAGAAAAAAGGAAGGCUUUGCAAGCGCUUAAGACUGAGGAGAGAAAGGUAGAUACUAAAGUUUUUGAAUCCAUGCAGCAGUUGUCAAGUAAGAAAGAAAGUUAUGACAUCUUUAUUAAACUGGGGUCUGAUAAGGAUAAGCGGAAAGAGGCUCUUGAAAAGGAAGAGAAAUCCAAGAAGUCUGUCAGCAUCAACGAGUUUCUGAAGCCUGCUGAUGGUGAAAGUCACUAUAACUCAGGUGGGCGUGGGCGUGGUCGAGGCCGUGGCCGUGGUGCAAGAGGAGGUUAUGCUGGCUAUGCAACCGGCAAUGUAUCAGCUCCAUCAAUUGAAGAUCCUGGACAAUUCCCUACUUUGGGUGCCAAGUGAGAAUUUCCAGUAAAGGGCAUGCAAUUUUAUGUAUCUUUUCUCAAUUUUGGUUCUCUGCCUUGAAGCAGGAAAAGAACUGUGGUAGUUGUAUUUCUUGUAAGAGCAAGGCUUUAUUUAAAAAAAAAAAAAAAUUGUCUUACAAUGUAAAUUUAGGCUGCUUCUUUACAUGACCCGUUAUUCCCUUAUAGAGACUUCCCCAUUUGUUAUGCUUUACCUUUAGUGUCAGUUAUCAUGAUAGAAAAGACAGAUGUGGCCAAGUUCCUCUUACUUUUUUAUUAGAUUGAAUCAUUGAAUAUGGUAGUUUUUGUUGAAAUUU